CGAUUGGAGAGCCGGUGAGGUUGGAGUGGUUCAAUCCUCAGGGCGAGCGCAUCCUUCCCUCCAAACGGAUGGCUCUUCACUCUGAAACGUCACGAUCCAGACUCAUCAUCUACAACGCCAUCAUCGAGGACGCGGGGAUCUACCGCUGCCAGGCCACGGACGCUAAUGGACACACGGAGGAGGCCUCGGUGGUGCUGGAGAUCUACCAGAGGCUCACGUUUCGAGACGUUCAGUCGCCGCAGGAGUUUCGUCACGGAGAGACGGCGGAGGUGGUCUGCGACGUGAUCAGCUCCCCGGUGCCCGUGGUGGUGUGGUACUACCAGGACAAGGAGAUCACCGAGGAGCACCACAGCAGGUUUCAGGUGCUGCCGAACAACAACCUUCAGAUCCAUCAGGUGACCAAAGCGGACGAGGGUGUGUAUCGCUGCGAGGCGAGCGUCGAGGCCCGCGGAGAAAUCGACUUUGUGGACAUCGCCAUGGUCGUCAACGUCCCUCCGGUGCUCUCGGUGUUUCAGCCGGCCUUCAACGCCACCGCUGACUACCAGGAAUCAGUGACCUUCACCUGCAUGACCUCUGGAUCACCUGACCCUCUGGUCACAUGGCACAGGAAGGGGCAGCAGCUGGAGCCGUCGGAGCAGUAUAUUAUCGCCCGUCUGGAGGGAGGACGGAGCAUGUUGACGAUCCGUAACAUCCGCCAGGGGGACGGAGGAACCUACACCUGCCGAGCCACCAACAAGGCGGGGUCUCAGGAGAGGGAGAUCUUCCUCAAAGUGUUCGUCCAGCCCCACAUCACGCAGCUGAAGAACGUGACGGCGGUGGAGGGCAGCGCCGCCAUGAUCUCCUGCGGGGCGGAGGGCGAGCCGCUGCCCGACAUCUCCUGGAGGAGAGCGAGCGACGGCAAGGCCUUCACGGACGGAGACAAGAGUCAGGACGGACGCUUUGAAGUGCGCGGACGUCACGGGAAGUCGGUGUUGACCAUCAGCGGCGUGAAGCUCACAGAUUUGGGUCGCUUUGACUGUGAGGCGCUGAGCCGGAUCGGAGGCCAUCAGAAGAGCAUGUUCCUGGAUAUAGAGU